CUUAGUUAAGCAUAAUUAAUUAAGAGCCUUGUAAUGAACAUCUUUAAUGUCAAGCAGAUCAUUGCUUUGUUUGAGAAUUUGGAACUGGGCCAUAUUAGCCAAUGGCCACCCAAUAAAUGCCCACAACGCACCACCACGCCUUUUUAACCAUCAACCAUAACUCACUAAAUGCGAUCAAAUUUCCAAUUCCCAAGUCUUGUUUUCAGACGAUAUUGUGUGAAAACCGCUCUCAAAAAUCUUGGGGAGAAGACAAGGAUGAAUCUCACACGCCAUUGCUGGAUUCUCAAGCUCUCACCCAUUUCUAUAAAUUUCUCCAUGUUAUCUCAAGUUCUUCCCCAACAAUCCCCAUGGAUUCUCCCUCUUUAAUGCCCUUUUUCUCCUUCAUUCUGGUUUUCGCUGCGAUUCCGGUUUCUCUUUCACUGCCCUUCGUUGUUCUCCAUGGCAUAGGAAAUCAGUGCUCAAGUCAAGGGCUUAAAAACUUCACUGAACUACUGAGUAACUAUUCUGGUGUUGAAGGAUAUUGCCUUGAAGUCGGGAAUGGAGUGUUGGAUUCUUGGUUUAUGCCCCUUGAGAAACAGGCUGGAAUUGUUUGUGAGAAGGUGAAGAAAAUGGAGGAACUGAAAAAAGGUUACAAUAUAGUUGGUCUGUCCCAGGGUAACUUGAUAGGCCGAGGAGUUGUUGAGUUUUGUGAUGGAGGACCACCAGUCAAGAACUUCAUAUCUUUAGCAGGCCCUCAUGCUGGCAUUGCUUCUGUUCCUCUCUGUGGUUCUGCUAUUUUCUGUCGCUUUGCAGACGAACUAAUCAAGUCGGAGAUCUACAGUGAUUAUGUUCAAGAUCAUCUAGCCCCCAGUGGUUUUCUCAAAUUACCAAACGCUAUCCCAAAAUAUUUGGAGAAGUGCAAGUUUCUUCCUAAGCUCAACAAUGAACUCCCACAAGCGAGAAACUCAACCUAUAAGCAACGAUUCAGUAGCCUACAAAACUUGGUGCUAAUUAUGUUUGAGCACGACACGGUUUUGGUCCCCAGAGAAACCUCUUGGUUUGGUUACUACAAAGAUGGGGCUUUUAAUUCAACUAUACCUCCACAACAGACAAAACUUUACAUUGAAGACUGGAUUGGAUUGAAAACCUUGGAUAAAGCAGGGAGAGUGAAGUACAUAAGCGUUGCUGGAGAUCAUGUUAAAAUUUCCAACAGUGACAUGAGAAAGUAUGUGGUACCCUACUUGCAAGGAUAAGAAUCAGUCAGAUGGAUGUGGGAAAGUCAAUGACCACCAGUAUUGAUUAAAUUAAGAGUAAAGAAAAGAAUAAGAUAAUUCACAAAACCAAGCUCUCUGAAUCCUAAUUUACCAUGUAAGCCUAUUUUUACAAAUAUAUAUGGAAAAAAUGGAAGUAUA